AUGGAAUUUCUUACCUGGGUUUUUCCUGCCUUGGUUCUACUCUGCACCCAACAGCACAGGUGUAUCAGAGCUAUGAAUGACAUUGGAGAUUACAUAGGUUCCAACAUCGAAAUCUCCUGGUUACCCAACCUGGAUGAUUUAAUGAAGGGCUAUGCACGGAACUUCAGGCCUGGGAUUGGAGGUCCUCCUGUUAAUGUUGCUCUUGCAAUUGAAGUAGCCAGCAUUGACCACAUCUCAGAAGUGAACAUGGAGUACACCAUGACAGUGUUUUUGCACCAGAGCUGGCGAGAUGAUCGUCUCUCCUACAACCACACCAAUGAAACCCUGGGCUUAGACAGCCGCUUUGUGGACAAGCUCUGGUUGCCAGAUACUUUCAUAGUGAAUGCCAAGUCUGCCUGGUUCCAUGAUGUGACUGUGGAAAACAAACUGAUCAGGCUCCAGCCAGAUGGAGUCAUUUUAUACAGCAUCAGGAUUACCUCAACAGUGGCCUGUGACAUGGACCUUUCCAAGUACCCAAUGGAUGAGCAGGAAUGCAUGUUGGAUUUGGAGAGCUAUGGCUACUCUUCAGAGGACAUUGUCUACCACUGGUCAGAAAACCAGGAUGAGAUCCAUGGGCUGGACAAGCUGCAGCUCGCUCAAUUCACAAUUACCAAUUACCAGUUCACAACAGAAACGAUGAACUUCAAAUCUGCAGGUCAGUUUCCCAGGCUCAGUCUCCACUUCCACCUUCGGCGCAAUCGAGGUGUUUACAUCAUUCAGUCUUACGUUCCCUCUAUCUUACUAGUGGCCAUGUCGUGGGUGUCCUUCUGGAUCAGCCAGUCAGCUGUGCCUGCCAGGGUGUCAUUAGGUAUAACUACUGUUCUUACUAUGACUACGCUGAUGGUCAGUGCCCGAUCAUCGCUUCCACGAGCAUCUGCCAUCAAGGCACUUGAUGUCUACUUCUGGAUCUGCUAUGUGUUUGUCUUUGCUGCACUGGUAGAAUAUGCAUUUGCACAUUUCAAUGCUGACUACAUGAAAAAGCAGAAGAACAAGAUCAAGGCGAGAAGGCAGAGUGCAGAGAUCAACGUGAAGAACGCCAUUGUUCUGUUUUCCCUUUCCAUAGCUGGCGUGAACCAGGGACUGGUCAUUUCCAACAGGCAGCACCGAAUUCCCAGGAGCCUACCUGGAUCAUAUGGUACAAUAGAAAUAGAAACUGGAGAAAGAAAACAGCAUCAGAUCAUGAAACUGGAUAAAAAGAGUGGUCUGAAGUCCCUGUUUAAGCCUAUCGAUGCCGACACCAUUGAUAUUUACGCCAGAGCUGUGUUCCCAGCAGCCUUUGCUGCAGUCAAUGUUAUCUACUGGGUUGCAUACACGAUGUGA